UUCUCAAAACCCGAGAAUAUAGUAUGGAUCAGACUGCAACUUGGCCGGAGAGUUUGCCAAGCAACAGGAUAAAAGCUUUUCACGAGCUGAUCCAAAGCCAGGAGUUGACCAAUAAUCUGCGGGAGAUGCUUCAGUGGCCGAGAAAGAUCGAGUGUGAUCCCACAUAUGAAGAUGGCCUUGUGAUGCAAAUCAUAGCGAUGUUUAAGAAUACACUCUUAAUUUUGGGCUCUUGCACUUCAAACCAGCAUCUUGAGAUUCCGACAAGUGAUAUGUGUUUAUCAUAUAGUUCGGAUGGGCAGAAAUUCGAAAAUUCAGGCAAAAAUGAAGGAAAUAUCAUCCCGGCAAAACGUAAAAAGGGAUGCCACAAAAGAAGAAAAAAUUCAUGGACGUCAUCACAAGUGACCUCUGCUUUGGUUGAUGAUGGGCAUGCAUGGAGAAAAUAUGGUCAAAAGCAUAUUAACAAUACAAACCAUCAAAGGAGUUAUUAUAGGUGUACCUAUAAGUUUGACCAAGGAUGCCUCGCAGCAAAGCAAGUCCAAAAGAUCCAAGACAAGCCACCAAAAUAUAAAACAACCUACAUGAGAAACCAUACUUGUCAGAAUCUACAAAGAGCUCCUGAAAUCAUUUUGGAUUCUUUAAAUUCUGGAGAUACAUCAAUCCUUUUUAACUUUGAAACAAAGGGACUCAUAGCGAGGACACAAGUUGGCACCUUUUUCCCCUCUAUAAAGCAUGAACUAAAUGAGAGUUACCCUUCUCAUGGGAAUUUGAGAAAUGAUGAAUAUUCGUUUGCCAGUGACCUACAUUGUGCUCUAAACGCAUGUGUUUCAAAUAAUCCACUUGAACCAAAUAUCUAAGACUGAAACGUUAUAAGGGUUCGAUCACAGGGACAUAAUAUCAUCAAGGGGACAUUAAGCGUUCGAUGAUCAUGGGGUUAUGAUACCCUCAUGGACGCGCGUAUCAAUCUAUUACUAGUAACCAUGGUUAUUAGAUGACCA